AUUACAACUGAAUUAAAUAUUGAUAGAGAGGAAUGUGGAAAGAAGAUUUGAGCCAGAGUAAUUGAAAAUCCUUAUUGAUGAAUUUUACAUAUAUGCAAAGAUCACCUUUCAGAGUCAAAGUUCGAAUACUAAGCAUAGCCUGAGCAGCAGAAAUGGGCUGUAAAUAAAGUGUAAGAGGUUAGCAUGGAGAGGAGCAGCACAUGUAGUUUGAAUGCUAGUGGAUGGAGUCCAGGCUGGAAUGGAAUUUGCAAAUAUUAAAGAAAUGGUGGUAUAAUUGUCCAGCAUAUUUAGCAUCAUUUCAUGAUUUAGGUUUUAGUUUAAUUUGGUUGUGACUGGAGACCAUAACACUAACUACACUACUUUAGCCAUGAUAAAUGUCAGUGGCUACUAACAAGCUUCUAGGAAACAUAACCAGCAAAACAACCAUAAUGGCAACCCACUUUGCUUAUGUAUAGUACAUUGCAGAGUCUGCAUGCCAUGGAAUAUAUCAGGAAAAUUUAGACACAACACACACAAACGCUUUUUUUUUGUCUUCAGAGUAAAUUACAAAUUGCUUAGUCUUUCCUUCAUAGAACUACAGUCUUCUGACUCUCCCACCUCAAGUAUGCUGUUUCUGCAAUGUUCAGUUGAACAUCAACUGCACAAUGCACCUAGGCCAGCAAAGAUUAUGAGCACUUCCCUCUCUUUCUAUUUCAAAUUAAAGCAAAGAAAAGUUAAAAGGAAUAUGGAAGUAGUAAUGGUUAGUGCAAAACAACACUGACACUUUAGUUUAUGCAUAACUGUAUACAUCAUCAUCAUCAUCAUCGUUUAACGUCCGCUUUCCAUGCUAGCAUGGGUUGGAUGAUUUGACUGAGGACUGGCAAGCCAGAAGGCUGCACCAGGCUCCAAUCUGAUCUGGCAGAGUUUCUACAGGUGUAUGCCCUUCCUAACACCAACCACUCCGAGAGUGUAGUCAAAUAACUGUAUACACAUGUAAGAUAUGUUUUCCUAUUUCCCCAUUGUAUAUCUUCACAGUUUAAAUUGCUACAGAAACAGGUUGUUGAUUUUAAAAAGUUAUAUAAAUCUUUUCCAAUACCUUUAUUACAUAAGAAAGUGUUAAUUUGUCAGAUCCUUAUUAUUAAAUUAAAUAUAAUUAGAUAUUAUAAUAAUGAAAAUAUUGCAUACAGUGCUCAGGUGUAUACAAAAGUGUGUAUAAAGCAUAUGCAGUGUUGUACAAAUGUUUGUUGUUUAAAGUUUUACUAUACUAGGGUAUUCACAGUAUAUAUUUAUUUCGUUGUUUUAUUUACCAGUUUAUUAUUCUGAUCAAAUUUCUAUUUUAACAUGCAACUCGUGAUAAAUCAUCAAAUCAAGGCUUGCAGACAAUUUUAACAAGAGCUUCAAACGGAAAAUGCAAUACUAGUAGUAGACUAUCAGUAGUAGUAGUAGUAAUAGUAGUUGGUGAUGAUGAUGAGCACUAUGAUUACGUUCAGUACAUAUAUACUUGCGUAUAUUUUUAUAUAGGGCUAUGAUGUUUUAAGAACACUUUCCCUAUGACUUUGGAUAGCUGGUGGUGGCUAUAGGUUCAAACAAAUCCUAGAAGACAAUAAGAGGGUUAACGGGCGUUUUGGCAUUGUUGAAUCUACACAAGGCCCCUUUUUGACACUGAGAGUAUUUUUCCAGAUCUUGAACCACUAAAAACAUAUAUGAAUUAUCAUAAUUACGGAAAAACUAAAUAAAGCUAUAUUUCUUAAUAUAUUAAUAUUAUCAUUUUUUUCUUUUUAAUAAUUUUUUGUUUACCGUCCUCGGCAUGUAAAAGGGAGGUGACUCUCUGUUGAAACCAUCACAUUUCAAUUUCACUACAUUUAGUGUGUGAGUGCGUGUUUGCAUCUGUGUGUAUAUGUUUGUGUGUACGUGUGUCUGCCUUCUGUAUCAAAUCGUUCAUUACCAAAGCAGCCUCAUCAAAACGCCUGUGCUCAAUCCCCCCAUUACGGUUAUCAGAUGACACUCAGAUUGAAGUAUUUUACUGCAAAUUAUCAACAUUUUUAUCCACUUUUAAAGACUAAAAAUAACUAAUGUCAGCUUGUUCUUGCAAUUUUUGGUUGAAAUAAUGUGAAAUAUUUCCUUGGGGUUGAGAUUAUUUGCAAAAAUUUGUACAAUUACUGGAAGAUUAAAAUGACAUUUCAAAUAACCUUUGAGUAAGACCUUUCACACCCCGUUAAUCCAAUUUUGUUGUUUGGAUGCUCAUUAUAAUUGCAAAAUUCUAUUCAAAUACAUCCAUGUGGAAGUUCCUUCUUAAGAGCUGAAACAUAAUUAGACUUUAACAAAGACUAUCAGACAUGGAAACUAUUGAUUGAUAAAGUUAUGGAAGAGAAAGCAGAACCUGAAAAUACUGAGUUGUCUGAUGAAACACAAGAAAAUACAGAAGUGAAAUCACAGCCUUGUGAAGUAUGUGGGAAGUUAUUGACAAGUAAUUUAUCAUCUUCCCAUAAAUGUGUUCACUCUGGUAAAAAACAGCAUCACUGUGAUAUAUGUCAUAAAAACUUCUCGACCAGUGACAGUUUAAAUUCCCACAAGAGGAUUUAUACAGGAAAGAAACCAUACCAAUGUGAUGUCUGUGAUGAAACAUUUUGUAGAAAGGGUCGUUUAUCUGACCAUGUACGUAUUCACACUGGAGAAAGGCCAUACUACUGUGAUAUUUGUGAUAAAUCAUUUUCUAGACGGGAUCAUUUCUCUCAGCACAAACGUAUUCACACAGGAGAAAAACCAUACCAUUGUGAUGUAUGUGGUAAAAAUUUCUCUCAAAAGGGUCGUUUAUCUAUCCACACAGGAGAAAAACCUUACCAUUGUGGUACAUGUGGUAAAGCAUUCUCUGAAACUGGUCAUUUAGUUUCCCACAAACGUAUUCAUACAGGAGAAAAACCAUACCACUGCGGCAUUUGUAGUAAAACAUUUUCUGUGCCUAGUAAUUUAGUUUCUCAUAUACGUAUACACACAGGAGAAAGACCAUUCCAAUGUGAUAUUUGUGAUGAAACAUUCUCUACAAAGGGUCAUUUGUCUGGCCACAUACGUAUACAUACAGGGGAACAUCCAUAUCAUUGUGAUAUCUGUGAUAAAAAUUUUUCUCAAAGUGGUCAUUUCUCUAAACACAAACGUAUUCACACAGGAGAACGUCCUUACCAUUGUGAUGUUUGUGGUAAAAGAUUCUCUCAAAGUGGUCUCUUCUCUCGACACAAACAUAUUCAUACAAGAGAAAAAUCAUAGCUAUGUAGUCAUUGUCAUUACAUCCACUUAUCCAUGUUUGCAUAGGUCAGAUGAAACCUGAGUUAUAUGCUUUGCCUGUCACCAGUCUUCACCUGUUUCCUAAUAAGGUAAUAUUAUGUUCUUCUAGUACUUCAAACAACACAUUAAUACACACAUGUAUGCUCAUAUAUAUAUCAUAAUCAUCAUCAUUUAACAUCAGUUUUCCAUGCUAGCAUGGGUUGGAUGGUUUGACCAGGGCUGAUAAGGCCAGGGGCUGCAUCAGGCUCCAUUGUCUGUUCUGGCAUGGUUUCUAUGACUGGAUGCCUUUCCUAACACCAACCACUGCACAUGCACAGAGCUUACUGGGUUCUUUUUAUACGAUACCAGCCCAGUGCUUUUAACAUGAUACCAGUACUGGUAUCAAUUCUGCUGUGGCAGAUGGGUCUUCUUGAGUAUAGUUUCCAUCUCCCAAAUUUCACCCACAAGGCAUGAGUUAACAAUGCCCAUGAUAUGGAAACGGACACUAAAUUGCAUGGUUUCAAAGCAAACUUCUUAACCAUACAACCAUGUUUGUGCCUGUAUAUCUGUGAUCAAAUAUUUUCUACAAAUCACCAUAUAUUUGAUGAUGUAGAUUUUAACACAAUUGUCAUCAUCAGUGUUUUAUUGUCUAUUAUUGUAUACUGACAAUGUAUAUAAUAUCCCAUAAAUCAUGUUUGCAACCAUCUGAAUACCCUACUUUUAUAGCCUUUCUGCACCUUUCUUUCUGCCAGCUAUCAAAUUCAUGCUUACUUCUUUUAUGGAGCAAGCCUCUUCCUGGAUGUUACUGAUAUUUCAUACUCCUAGUACUUUGAUUUUGGAAUUGUUUGCAAUAAAGAACUAGGUUACAUGCAACAUCUGGAUGAUGAAAUACAAUGAGAAUGACAGUGUUGGAAAAUAUGUAGGAAAACAUCAAGUAUUAUAAUUUUGCUGAUUUAGAAUGCAAUCUGUGGUUAACUUGCCUAUGAGGAACAAGAAUAUGGACAUAAACUAAAGUAACCACUAACAUCAUUGAAGCAUUAGGAAUGUGGAUAUACAGAAGGAUGUUGAGGUUGUCAUGGACAGAACAUAAAAUAUGAAAAAUAUUUUAUAAUACACUCCACCAACUGCCAGCGGGGUAAGCUAGAGGUAGUAGAUAGCUUCCGUUAUCUAAGUGACCAAGUCAGUUGCAGAGAUGGAUGCUGUGAGAAUAAGAAUAGGCUGGGCAAAAUUCAGAGAUCCUGCCUCUGUUGGCAACAAAGUGCCUCUCCCUCAGAGUGAAAGGCAGACUGUAUGAUGCCUGUGCACAAACAGCUAUGCUACACAGCAGUGAAACAUGGGCUGUGACAGCCAAGGAUAUGCAUAGGCUUGAAAGAAAUGAAGCUAGUAUGCUUCACUGGAUGUGCAUAUAUGACAGUAUAAGUGUCUUGAGAGAAAAGCUGGGCAUAAGAGGCAUCAAAUGUGGAGUGCAAGAGAGACAGCUGCACUGGUAUGGUCAUGUGAUGCAUAUGGACAAGGACAGCUGUGUAAAGAAGUGUCUAACUCUGACUGUGGAGGGAACCUGUGCUAGAGGUAGACCCAGGAAGACAUGGGAUGAGGCAGUGAAGCAUGAUCUUCAAAUGUUGAGCCUCACAGAUAUACCAUCCUUGAGAAGACCUGUCAAGCCAUAUGAAAUCAUAGUCAUGGCCAAUUCUGGUUUCAUUUAACAAGCACCUUUCAAGUAUUGGGCCUCAUGGAUGCAUUGUAGCCAAUGCUAGUGGCAUGUGAAAAGCACCUUUCAAGUGUUGGGCUUCACGGAGCUAAUGACCAAGACUUUUGACAUUAUGCCAUGUUUGAGAAGAAAACCCAUCAAGUUAAGUGGAAACAUAGACGUGGCAGAUACUAGUGUCACACAACUAGCACUUGUGCCAGUGGCAUGUAAAAGUACCCAUUACACUCUCAGGGUGGUUGACAUUAAGAAGGGCAUCCAGCCGUAGAAAACCAUGCCAAAUCAGACUGGUGUCUGGUGCAGCCUUCCAGCUUGCCAGCCCUGGUCAAACCAUGCCAGCAUGAACAACAGAUGUUAAAUGAUGAUGAUAUGGUAAGGUCAUGCAGAUUAGGAUAAAAUUUAUUUAAAGCUGAAAUCUCUUGAGCUGUUGCUCUGUUUUACCAUUUCUGCCAUCAGAUGGCCUGAGGAAAAUGCCAGUAGUGUUAUAUUUAUGAUUUGG